CUGGGAUUGCUGGGAUACUGUCAGCAACGGGGUCGGGGUAUUUCGUAGCCCUACGAGAACCACUCCAUAACCUUCAACAGGCACAAGCGCUUUUAGGUUUCGAGCCACUAUUCGAACCUGCUAUGAAUAUGUCCUUCUUCGCCCCCAGCUAGCCAUAGCUCGUGGUUUCUAUGUUCAUCAUCAACAUUGCUCGCGAGCUCUCUCGACAUCGACCACUUCCCUGACCUUCUCGCUCCAGAUCUACUUUGAAUGGGACAUCCCCAUUUUUGGCAACCUAGAGAGAGAAGAGAAGUAUAUAUGCGUCUCGAUCACCUCGCCCAGUUCCUAAAAUUAAUAUAAGGGACCAUCCCGUCGACCGCUGGCACAGAGCAAUUAUGGCAGUUGACACCCAGGAAGCAAACAUCUUCUCCAUCACGCCCCCGCCCAGCGACUUUGACGAAUUCGACCAGAGCGGUUUGCUGACUUGCUCUCCUUCCCUUGUGGGCUUUACAUAUCCAUCACCGGCUCCUUCAAGUCGAGACCACGCCUCGUCGGUCUCCUCAGACUCGUUAUUCAUGCUACCCGGCUUGUCCGCCAUGUCUGGUGAGCAUCGGUCUCACUCUCACGAUCUCCAGCAUCUCAACUUCGACGACGCCACUUCAUCCGAUUCAGCCUCUUUCUUCCCAAUCGCGCCAGUCACCGAUCCAUCAAUGGCCUUCGGACACACGUCGACGUCGGGCGCUGGCGCCAACUCAUACAACAUGUAUGAGCAAACCAACUGGUUCCAAUUCCCCAACUACUCUCAACCCACGCCCAUGAUGCCCUACGAACCAACCCAUUCAACAUCCUACGAUGCCUUCAGCUCAACACACCCUUCCAUGGCAAACAUCAUUCCCCCAACACCUCAGGACAUCCAGCCGACUCCUUUCGACUUCAAUGCGCCACCAGCACUCGCAUCAAACGGACACCUAGUGGCAUCGCCAUCAUUCUCCCAUGCCUCACACCGAAGCAGGGGCAGCAUUUCCUCCUUAUCUCGCUCAUGCAGUCCCAUUCCACACCUCUCCAAAUCCUUUUCCAGCGACUCAACCAUGCUCCGACCCAACAUCCGCUCCCAAUCGACAUCCUCCACUUCAUCGCUCCACCAAUACGGCAUCCCCGUGGCCGAAGCGCCAUCCAUGAUGCCCACAGGCAUGUCAACGUCCUCUGCCGGCUCGCCCACCGGCAGCACACAAGCCUGGCGCUGCGCCUAUCCAGGCUGCACGUCUCGCGCGACCUUCACCCGCGGCUGCGACCUGCGCAAGCACUACAACCGGCACAGCAAGCAUUUGUUCUGCCGUGUGGACGGCUGCCCCCAAAGCGAGGCCGCGGCAGCGAGCCGCGCAAAAUCCGCCGAUCAGCCUCUCGCAGGCGGCUUCUCCAGCAAAAAGGACCGCGCCCGGCACGAGGCUAAGCACAGCCCCAGUAUCAAGUGCGAAUGGCGAGGCCCAGACGGUGAAGAAUGUCCCCGGGUCUUCUCCCGCAUGGACAACAUGAAAGACCACGUCCGCCGGAUCCACCGCAAGGACCAGAGCCCGCAGCAGCAGCAGCAGAAACCCAGUCACGCGCAGAGCUCGAGUCGAAAGUGAGAGAAUGAGAGAAGCAGCGCGCAGUUGACAGUCUUUAUUCUAAAGACACUAGGAUCGACAACGCACGAGAUUUGCAAGGCAUUUUCCACCGACAAUCACGGGCGGUUUCUACACGCGAGAGCCGGGAAGUCACGAAUGGCCCAGCAAGUCCAAAAAGACGAGGAGAGAGCUAAUUAUAUUCAACGAAGGAUGUCUACGUUCGGACCCAGCAAGUCGCUUGUUUCUUCAGGAUUCUCUUCUGAGACGGACGGGCUCACCAGGAGAAGAACCACGGGACGUUUUCUAUGUGAGCGUAAAACCUUCUAUCCCGGCCACUUUGUCAUAUGUCAAUGCUAGACUGGACACUGCCCAUCUCAAGCCAGGGCAUGUACGAAUGGGAUAGAGAAGGCCUUGAUCUUUUAAGGGGGAUUUUGCAACGGCCAUCCGGGCGAGGAAUCACGGCGCAGAAAUGUAUGGGAACCAGAUUGAUGACCGGGAAACUAUUUCACAUGGCCACAUAUUGCCUUGCGCCAUUUUUUUUGUUUUUGGCUUGCACAGUUAACUUUUGUUUUGAUACCAUGGAAUGGGAACCAAGCUCAUGUGGAAAUGAUCUGCACGCUCGACUUCAGCUCGGGUCAGCUCAUUUUGGGGGGAAGGGCCAGCGCCAGGUCGAUCCCUGAGAUAGGAGAAUAAAAAGAAACAGUCGCUACAGACUGAAUUUGGUACAUCAAAGGAAA